UAUUAUAUGUUUGUGUAUGUAUAUACAUAUGUAUAUGAAUGUAGAAUAGUUGUUAUAUGUUUGAUGUUUGUAACCAAUCUGAGAGAUAUGACAAAUAAUAAAAGUAUAAUUAUUUUACUGGCAAUUAUUGGAAUUAAUUUGACACUUGCUGCUGUUAUCAAUGAAGUAAAACUUAAAAAAGAUCCAUGUGUUGUAUUGUGUGAUAAAAUACCGGUAUCAUUUUUUUUGGCAACUGAUAAACUAAUAAGUGAUUCGGUUGAAGGGACCAAGAAAUGCUGUCAGAGAGGUUGUAGAUUUUUUAAUCUCGCAGACUCGCAGCAGGGAAUUGAUAAAAAUGAACUGAAUGACACCAAGGACGCCUGUGAAUCAUCGUGUUCAGAAGCCUACGAAAAUGUCAACGAGAGAUUUGCCUGCAUCGUCGGAUGCACUUUCAUGGCCAAGCAGCGGAUCUUCGAUCUGGUGUCCAUAUUAUCAGCAGCUCUAUCAACCGAAGAUGAUUUGAUUGCCCAUCAUUUCCUGGUGACUUCCAUAGACAUGCCGGACAAUACGAUCCUGAGCGACCCCGGGUUGAAGAAAGAAAUUUUACCCGGAUGGUGGGACACCGAAGGAUUUAAAUUACCCCAGACUUUUAUUAAAUCCGUCCCGCAGGACUCAGCAGCAAUGGAUUAUAACAUAUCCCCGGACUAUUCAGGCGAACAGGAUCAAUCAUUCCCAUGGCCAGCAACAAAUUGGCUGCAGUGCGCAUCCAAACAUACCGGGAUCCCGCGCUGGAUCCUGAGCUGCUCUAUAAUUAUCGGAGUGAUAGCAGUGAUUUGGAUCGUAGUAGUCAGUGAAAAGUCGGCGGACUCAAAAGUAAAUGAUAAUAACAACAAAAGUAUUAAUGACAGCAACAAUGACGAACACAGCAGAGUUAUUUUGAUUUAUCCGAAUGAUAAGACUCCGCCUGAUUAUGCGGAUUGCGUUAAUGAAGAAAAGAAAUUGAUAAUAUAAUUAAUUUGUAUUAAAUUGUAAAAGUUAUUAUUAUUAUUACUAUAAUUAAUAUUAAUGUUUUGUCGUAAAUAAUUUGCUUUAAUUGUGAAGAAAUAAAAAAUUAGUGUGUCAAUAUCGAAAAUAUAUUAAGUUAUAUAAAUAUUAAAUAUGUAAUAAAUUGUAAAAGAUAUUAUUGUUAUAAUAAUUAUUAUUAUUUUGUCGUAAACUUGAAUAUUAAAUAAAUAACCGGAAAUUAAUAAAUAAUUGUCAUGAU